GUGUGCGCUAAGCACUGGAUGAGGCUCUUAAGGCGUAAAGCUAUCUCGCUGAGAAGUACAUUGAUUCUAAUCUGAAGCUUGAAUAGUUGUUCAAAACCAAAACGCAGUUUUUAUUCAUGCGCCGCCCUUGGCACUUGUUGCUGGGCGUGGCAUUUGGAUUGGCCUCUGCAUUUAGUUGUUUUUUGGCUGGAAUUUAUUUUCAACACAGCCAUGCAACACGGCAGUUGCAACAGCUCAUACAACAGGAUGUCUACGCCUACUACAUCAGUCCGAAGAUCUUCGCUGUGUUCAGUUUCUUUAGCGUCGCAAAUGAAACAUCGAAUAAUAUGCAGCGAAUUAUGAAGUAUGGAUUUCCGGGACUGGAUGAUGUGAGGCUCUACAGCGACUUUGUUCUGUCCUACGAUCGGCGCAAUCGCGUGGCGCAUUGGGUCUGCGAGCACUUGCAAUUGGCCAAUUUGCAGGGUGCGCGGGGCGUUGGCCGCGCUGGCGCCACCUAUCGUCCAGAUUUGAGUGUUCCUUCGAAUUUUCGUUCCACGCUCGCCGACUAUAAACACUCGGGCUUUGAUCGUGGUCAUCUGGCGGCCGCUGGUAAUCAUCGUGAGCAACAAGUACACUGCAAUGAAACCUUCUUGCUGACCAACAUUGCGCCACAAGUAGGCCAGGGCUUCAAUAGCGGCGCCUGGAACAAACUGGAGAUCUAUGUCAGGGAGCUAACACAGAAUUUCGGUUCGGUCUAUGUGUGCACUGGUCCGUUGUUUAAGCCCCGAGCACAGGGCAAUCGUAAAUGGAGCGUGGAAUACCAAAUGAUUGGCUCAAGUAUGGUGGCAGUGCCCACGCACUUCUUCAAAGUGAUCAUGGUGGAGUCGAGGCUGCCUUUGGGCAAGCCCUAUAUGGAGGCGUAUGUGCUACCCAAUGCGCCCAUACCGGAUCAAUCAACCCUACGCGACUUCCUUUGCGAUAUACGAGAGAUUGAACACUUCGCAGGUCUUCAUUUCUUCCAGGGCAUACGCCGAAGUGCAAUUUUCGGCAGCAACUAUCCAAGUGAAUCGCAAGUUUUUCGAGAUUUUGCAUGA